CCGAUAAGUUUUCUUUCCUUAUUAGAAACUUGCGUGAUCACUAGCUUUUAAAAGGAUAUCACAGCGUUAGACUUUCUUUCUUACUUUUAUUGGAUUAAAUUUUUAAUUAGAAGAAAUUGAAUAAACUGAAAAAAGAAAACUAAGCCAUAAUAAUAGUAAAGAAAAAAUAAAGAAAAUUGAAGUCAUAGUAAAAGAAACAAGUCUACAAGUAAUUGGAAAGUCAUAGGCCCCUUUUUAAACAAAAAAAAAAAAAAAAAAAAAAACAAAUUACUUUAUUCCUUUAAUUGCCCUGCUUCAAAGUCAAAUAUUAUCUGCGAGCAAAAAUUUCAAGUAGUUAUUAAAUUACAUUCCAAUGGCAUCGUCACGAAGUAUUAAGUCGGUCGAAACUAGCGGCCAUACAAAGGUGAAAGUGCACAAAUGCCUUUAUCCGUGGACUAUAGACAACUUUAGCAUUUGUCAUAGGAGAGGAGUAAAUUCGCCAGUCUUUUCAACUGGGCCUAACGAUGAAUCAGAAUGGCAGCUUUCGCUGAUGCCUUGCGAACCCCGUCGUACAUUCUAUAUGAAGGUAUAUUUAUAUAUGAAAUCCAGCAAAAAGAAUGUAGUUAACGCCAAAGUUAAGUUUAAUCUAUUGAAUUCAAUAGGAGAAAUAGUCUUCGUAACUAAAGAAAGUUCUCACGUUUUCACUGUAGAAACACCUUUUACCUAUAUGGAUGUAUAUGAAGACUCUUUGCUAAACGAUAACCAUGGGUUACUUAUUAGAGAUAAACUAGUAAUUUCUUGUAUGAUUGACGAGGAAUAUAUAGUUAAUAUCACUGAGCAUUUGAUAGUAGGAAAAUAUGAAGAAGACGAAGACAAGUUGAGGUUAGAUUUUGGAAAUUUACUCCAAACUGGAAAGUUUAGCGAUGUUACAUUGGCCGUGGAUGGCCAUGAAAUUCGGGCUCAUAAAAAUAUAUUAGCUGCUCGCAGCAGCGUGUUUGCAGCGAUGUUUGAGCACGAAAUGGAAGAGCGCCAACUUAAUCGUGUUGUGAUAGCCGAUAUCAGCCAUAGUGUAUUAAAUGAGAUGCUAACGUACAUAUACACGGGCAAAGUAUCUUAUUUAAAUGACAUUGCUCUCGAUUUAAUAACAGCAGCCGACAAGUAUGCUUUAGGAAGUCUUAAAACAAUAUGUGAAAAUUCACUGUGCGUUGACCCUUCGAUAGAAAAUGCUGCCGAAACUCUAAUACUGGCUGAUUUACAUAAAGCGGAUCAGCUGAAGGCAAAAAUUAUAACGUUCAUCAAAGCUCAUAUCGACGAAUUUAUGGAAACUGAAGGUUGGCAGCAGAUGCGCGCAACGCAUUCGCGUUUAGCUGAAGAGUUAAAACGUGCUGUCUUAUAAAAAUAAUAUCUACGAUUCGACGGUCAAAUAAACGGAAAGAGGAACUGAAAUUAUCGCUAUGGUUACCUACGGAAGGCGAUCAUUAUUUAGCCAUAGCAAUAAACAAAAAUAAUGAUAAUUAUCACUUCACCCAAAAAAUACAUAUUAUACUAAUAUACUAAAAUGAACUCAAA